AUGCACCAUAACCGCUCCCUGGAAGGCAGCGUGACCGCCCCUGUCAAAUACUGGAUCUCAGGACUGGCCUUCCCGGACUGGGCCUACAAAACCGAGUCGUCGCCAGGCUCCCGGCAGAUCCAGCUGUGGCACUUCAUCCUGGAACUGCUGCAGAAGGAAGAGUUCCGCCAUGUCAUCGCCUGGCAGCAGGGAGAGUACGGGGAGUUUGUCAUCAAGGAUCCAGAUGAAGUGGCUCGCCUCUGGGGCCGCAGGAAGUGCAAACCACAGAUGAACUAUGACAAGCUGAGCCGGGCCCUCAGGUAUUACUACAGUAAGAGGAUCCUGCACAAGACCAAAGGCAAAAGGUUUACCUACAAGUUCAACUUCAGUGAGCUCACUGUAGCCAGCUGUCCUCCAUGGAAAGUGUGGGCACCCUCUGCCCCUCACCUGCUGGUGGGGUCUGCUGCAUUGUGUCAGCCAGCCUUGGUGCCUGUGGCUGUGCAAAGCGAGCCCCUGCAUAGCAUGCUGUAUACCCACCGGGCCACAGAAGCGCAGCUGGCUAGAGAAAGGACCUCAUGGGAGCCACUGGAAACCUCUGGGGAGAAGGGGAACAGAAACUUCAAGGGUGAGUGUUUUGGCUCAGCCCUGGGCCCAGGCUGGCGAGGCUCUUGCUGCUGCUUCCUGACCCUCCAAGGUGACCUUCCCAGCUUUGCUUCCUUCGCUGCUGUUCCCCGCCUCUGCUGUGACUUGACCCUCCCCUCAGGGCCCAUCUUGCCUCCUUUCUCCUCAGAGCAGCCACUUUCAGGGUCCUCCAAGCCUGGUCCUCGGCUCCCAGGCCUGCUGUGUAUGCCAGGUACCUGGCAUUUCCCGGAGCUCCCCCUGCUGGCCAGGCUGAGACAGGGCCCUAGUGACAGGCUUCAGUGCCCAUUUCUCAGGCCUGAGGAAUUGCUGGUAAAUCCAGGGCCAAAGGGUCACCUGGGUUCCAAUGGGGGACUCUCCUCAGAGAUUCAGGGACUCGGACUGGGGAAAGGAACUUCUAUGUCCCCCAAUCCAGAGACCCUUAGAGCUACGUGGCCUUUGGAUCCCCCUUAG